UGCCCCAUUCACCCUGAAUCUGAAUUAUACAUCUACUCUAUCCUAAUUACUCCAAAAUGGAAGCCACUAAAUUUAUUGUCAAUCUUACAAUAUUAUUUCUGUUUUUUCAAACAUAUGGUGCAAGCAGCAGCAACACCAUGAUUAAAGCUUCCUCAAAUGUUACAUGUAUCCAAAGAGAGCGGCAAACACUGCUUUUAUUCAGAAAAGGCUUCACAAAGCAAUCAAAAUGGCUGUCACCAUGGACCGGAUUAGAAUGUUGUGGGUGGCGAGGAGUUAGGUGUGACACGAGAACUGGUCAUGUUGUCUCACUUAAUCUCUCUUCCAAUGGUAUCAACUCCACCAUCCCCGUUUGGUUAUCAAACCUUACUCGCCUCGUGCAUCUAAACCUUGGCUAUAACAGCUUCCAUGGGGGAAUACCAGAUUCUAUUGGAACCUUGAGCUCUCUUUCUUACAUGGACCUUUCAGAUAAUCAAUUGUCUGGUCCUAUUCCUGAUUCAAUUGGAAACUUGAGCUCUCUUUCUCACAUGGACCUUUCAUUCAAUCAAUUGUCUGGUCGGAUACCUCCCUCACUUGGUGGCCUAUCAUCUCUAACAGACCUCUCUCUUUAUGGUAAUGAAUUGAAUGGGAGCAUACCUGAAAGCAUUGGACUACUCACCAGCCUGCAAACUCUUUAUCUUUCAUGGAAUCAAUUGAGUGGGGUUGUUUCUGAAAUUCACUUCACCAAACUCUACAAUCUAAAAGUGUUGUACUUGUCUGAUAAUUCAUUGAUAACGUGGAACGUCAGCCGUCAUUGGAUUCCUCCCUUCCAAUUAGAGUAUUUGGAUUUAAGCUCCUGCUGGAACAUGGGACCCCAAUUCCCAAACUGGCUUCAAACACAAACACAUCUUGAAUAUUUAUCUCUUAGAAAUUCGAGUAUAAGAGACAGCAUACCAGAGUGGUUUCACAACAUAUCCUCUCAUCUUUCUACCUUGGAUCUGUCCGACAACCAGAUCGGACCCGAAUUCCCAAAUAUUCAAACAUCAACUCAUCUUGAAUAUUUAUCUCUUAGAAAUUUGAGUAUAAGAGACAGCAUACCAGAGUGGUUUCACAACAUAUCCUCUCAUCUUUCUACCUUGGAUCUGUCCGACAACCAGAUCGGACCCGAAUUCCCAAAUAUUCAAACAUCAACUCAUCUUGAAUAUUUAUCUCUUAGAAAUUCGAGUAUAAGAGACAGCAUACCAGAGUGGUUUCACAACAUCUCCUCUCAUCUUCAAUACUUGGAUCUGUCCGACAACCAGAUCGGACCCGAAUUCCCAAAUAUUCAAACAUCAACUCAUCUUGAAUGGUUAGAUCUUUCAAAUUCGAGUAUAAGAGAAAGCAUACCAGAGUGGUUUCACAACAUCUCCUCUCAUCUUCUCUACUUGGAUCUGUCUGACAAUGACAUCGGACCCGAAUUCCCAAAUAUUCAAACAUCAACUCAUCUUGAAGCAUUACUUCUUAGAAAUUCGAGUAUAAGAGAUACAACAAUACCAGAGUGGUUUCACAACAUCUCCUCUCAUCUUCGAAUCUUGGAUCUGUCCGACAACGAGAUCGGAGGAAAUCUGCCACGAAUAAUAGCGAAUAACAACACAGGUCUUGAAGUUGUUGCUUUGAAGAAUAACAAUUUCACUGGAAGCGUUCCAACAAACUUAUGCGAGUUACAUAGUAUACAAGUGCUGGAUUUAUCACAUAAUAACUUAUAUGGAAUUCUUCCUGAGUGCUUAGGGAGUUUGAUCAAUUUGCUAAUGAUUGACCUUACAAGUAACAAUAUAACGGGUGAUAUUCCAAAUUCAUUGGGUUCUCUAUCACUACUUGAAUCAUUGCAUUUACGUAACAACAAAUUAGAGGCUAAUCUCCCGGUAUCUUUACAAAACUUGAAAAACUUAGUAACAAUGGAUUUGGGGUACAAUUCGCUGACUGGUAACAUCCCUUUUUGGAUUGGAAAAAAGCUAUCAAAGCUUAAAAUCUUGAAUCUCCAAUCAAACCUGUUCAUGGGUAUGAUUCCACCGGAACUAUGUCAAAUCAAAACUCUUCAACAUUUAAAUCUGGCAGAUAAUAAGAUAACCGGAAACAUCCCUCAUUGUUUUAGUAAUUUAAUUGGUAUGAUCAAGAGUGACGUGGAGUUAACCUACAAAAGUUAUAUGUAUGAAGAAAGUAUUGAAGCUUGCAUAAAGGGUAUUCAGCAAAAGUACACGAGCACACUUCCAUAUCUUAUAUCCUUAGACCUCUCAAGCAACAAAAUUAUUGGUGAAAUUCCUGAUGUGUUGAUGGACCUGGUAGCAUUGACGAAUUUGAAUCUUUCAAGAAACGAACUAAGUGGACACAUUCCCACAAUGAUCGGAAAUCUAAAGUCAAUGGAAUCUUUAGAUUUGUCGAUGAACAAGUUGUCUAGUCAGAUUCCUCCAAGUUUAGCUAGUGUGAAUACUCUAGGCUAUUUGAACCUAUCAUUCAAUAAAUUAUCCGGUCCAUUACCAGUUGGAAAUCAUUUUCAGACUUUUGAUAAUCCCGCUAUAUAUGAAGGGAACAACGGACUAUGUGGAUUCCCACUAUUAAGUUGCCAAGAAAACAAUUCAUCAUACACUCAUGUUGGUGAUGAUGAAGGUGAGAAUGGUUCACAAGCUUUCUCGUGGUUUUAUGCUGGUAUGGUUCCAGGAUUCGUUGUAGGUUCCAUGGGACUUAUUAUUAGCUUGCACUAUAAUAGGAAUUGGAGAGUAACUUACUUUGAAAUGAUAGAGAAUGUUUACGUUUUUCUAAUGGUUUCGAUCAAGUGACUGUUGCUCAACUAAGGAGGAAGUUUUUCUAAAUAUAUGUUUUGAUGUUGUGGUUUAACUAUUAAAUGUAUGGUGUUAUAUAUUUAAGCAUGUGGUUGUUUAGUGUGAUAUUUAUGGAUUCAAAGAAAUUUAUAGGAAAGAAACUUUGAUAGGGGCAUUUUGCUCACAAGGACAAUAUGAAGUUGCUUCAAGACUAAGAAAGGGGAAGUAUUUUACUAUUGUUAAGAGGAUAUGGGUUUUGUAUCA